ACAGAUUGAAACCUUACCAGCUAACGACUUUGACCAUCUGUUACCAAGUUCUUCAUGGAGGUGAAGAAAGUGAACGGGUGUGACUACGAGCCCAAAACCAUCAGCAGCUUUUAUAUUCAGGCAAUACCAGACAUUGGUGUCUUUAUAAAAUAAACAAAUUAUUAACCUCACUUACUGGGUCUGUACAAGAAAAUAUCAGACCUCAGUGUUUUUUUCACAUAAUGUCAAUACUUCGGUGGUCUCAAAUAUGAAAGAAAUGUGAACUUUUUUGACACAGUUUAUACAUUUAUUCAAUGUCAAAGAUAGGGAUUUUUCCAAAUUUCAGUUUUUUUUUCUGACUUUGACCUUGAAAAUUGAAUUAGUUCUUGCCUAUCACAAUAUGAAUCUUCAGUAAAAAAUUCAUAGUGAUAUAUGAAAAAUUGUGGCUCCAGGUGUUUCACAAACAAACAAGGGUGAAAACAUAACCUCCAACUUUGUUGGCAGUGGUAACAAUGAGAAUCUGUAAUAUAUAUUAAUAAAUCAUUCUGGUUGGACUCUUGCAUGGUGGCAAGUUUGGGAAGACAUCACCUGUCUUUAUACAACAAAAGAGUGGCACAUUUAAUCAGUGAAUGUCCUCAAGAAUGAAGCAUAAGCAAGGAAAACAACAAUAAUAAUAAUAAAAAUACAGACCAAAUAAACCAGUCAAAUAAGCCAUGACUGAAAAAAAAACCCAACAACAACAAAAAAACAUGAUUUACACUGUGCACAAAAGGAAAUUCGAUCUUGUUCUGUGGGGUCAUGGCACUAAAACAAUCACCUGUUUCUUCUACAAGCCUUUAUUAUUUGUUUUUGUCUUCUGCAGAAAGUGACAAACUGCACAUUCCUUCCAUAUAAGUGACUCACCUGCCGUCUGACAGGAAAAACUGGGCACACCUUCGGGCCCAAUGUACCAAGGAGGAAACAGGGAAUCUUUGUCAUCUUAAGAUGUUUUUACAGCACAUUGUCAUAGUCACUGAAGAGCUGCACCAGACCACUAAGAAAAUUAUUAGUUCAGAAGAUGGCUGAUGUUUGCUUGAUUUUGUUCCACAUCACCGUUUUCUUUUUGUUAAUAGAAAUAGGACAUUCUCAGGAAACAAAUCCAAGGUCGGCAGGUGCAUCUGCUCCUGGACAUGUCAUCAUCGGAGGGAUCUUUCCUGUUCAUCAAGCUGUGGAAAAAAGCAUGAUGUUUGAACCCCAUGUCUGGCCAUGUGUCAGGUUUGGUCCAAAAGGACUUGCAAAGGCUGUGGCUAUGAUUAAUGCCAUAGAGACCAUGAAUAAAUCCCCUCUGCUGGCUGACAUUAACAUCACUCUGGGCUACCAAAUUCAUGACUCCUGUGGUGAUGUCACCACUGGACUAAGAGCCACAGCAGACCUCAUCCAACAGGCCAUCUGCAACAGAAGAACCAACAUCUCCUCUUGUGAGCAGCCAGUCAUAGCUGUGGUCGGAGCUUCAUACUCUGAGAUUUCCAUCGCAAUUGCCAGGCAGCUGACACUUCCAAUGAUCCCUCAAUGUGGGCACAGAUAA